AUGGGGCCCAGCUGGCUCGGCCGCUCGGCUGGCCCGGUUCUGUGCAAUACUUCCGCGCUGCAGCACGGGCUGCGCUCCUUCCCUCGAGUCCCGGGUGGAGUUUUUCACUGCGGCAUCAUGUGGACACUGAGCGAUGCAGAGGUGGAAGCGUUUUGGAUUUCAGGGUGGGGACUAGAGACGCUCACCUGUACUCAGUGUCCUGGGGGGCUGAGCCUGGGCCGGUCGCCGCAGCUUGGCAGCCUCCUGGGAACGAGGCAAGGCAGGUCUGCAGAGCGCGUUCCUCCGCAGGAGCUGGGGGUCCCAGGCCAGGUCCCGCCCUGCUUCAUUCUGGGGCUCGAGCCUCCUCCAAACUGUCUCGCCCCGGCUGCCGCCUCCCGGCCCCGGUGCUCGGCCGCAGCCGAGGGGAAGGUGUACAGCUCGGACGAGGAGAAGCUGGAGGCGCCGGCAGGAGACCCAGCAGGCAGCGAGCAGGAGGAAGAGUGCUCGGGCGGCGACAGCGAGGACGACGGUUUCCUGGACAGUUCUGCAGGGGGGCCGGGGGCUCUUCUGGGACCUAAACCAAAGCUGAAAGGAAGCCUGGGGACUGGAGCAGAGGAGGGGGCGCCCGUGGCCGCAGGGGUCACGGCUCCCGGAGGGAAAAGCCGGAGGCGCCGCACCGCGUUCACCAGCGAGCAGCUUUUGGAGUUGGAGAAGGAGUUCCACUGCAAGAAAUACCUGAGCCUGACCGAGCGCUCCCAGAUCGCGCACGCCCUCAAGCUCAGCGAGGUGCAGGUCAAGAUCUGGUUUCAGAACCGGCGGGCCAAGUGGAAGCGCAUCAAAGCCGGCAACGUGAGCAGCCGCUCCGGGGAGCCCGUGAGGAACCCCAAGAUCGUCGUGCCCAUACCUGUGCAUGUCAACAGGUUCGCCGUGCGGAGCCAGCACCAGCAGCUGGAGCAGGGGGCCCGGCCCUGA